UGCGCUCUCUCACCGGCGGGCGGGAUAAAUGCUGGAUUCUGGGCGGCCGCUGCGUUUAGUCGCUGAGCUGAGCGGGAGGCGGUGGCUCAGUUGCUACAGUUGCUGUUCUUGUUUCUUGGAGGAGGCGCGUCUCCAAGUGAGCGUGAGAUUGUUUUAGGUUAGGAAUCAUGAGCUGGCAUUUCCUACUCCUCUUUGCUGCCUUGACUACGACAUGCCUGUGCUUCCCACCAAGUCGUCUGUCUCUUGAGGAACUGGGCUCAGACAUUGGAAUCCAAGUUUUCAAUCAGCUGGUCAAAAGCAGGUCUAAGGAUAAUGUUGUGGUUUCUCCACAUGGAAUUGCAUCAGUACUUGGAAUGCUUCAACUAGGUGCUGAUGGCAAGACAAAGAAGCAGCUGACAACAGUGAUGAGAUACAGCGUAAAUGGAGUUGGUAAAGUACUGAAAAAGAUAAACAAAGCUAUAGUCUCCAAGAAGAAUAAAGAUGUUGUGACAAUUGCAAAUGCAGUCUUUGCAAAAUCUGGUUUGAAACUGGAAGUGCCUUUUGUUUCAAGAAACAAUGAGGUCUUUCAGUGCAGCGUUAAGAGUGUAGACUUCGAGGAUCAGAACACUGCCACUAAUACUGUCAACCAGUGGGUCAAAAAUGAAACUAAGGGUAUGAUCGAUAAUGUCUUAUCUCCAGAUGCUCUUGAUAGUGAGCUCACCAGAUUGGUGCUGGUAAAUGCAGUAUACUUUAAGGGACUAUGGAAAUCACGUUUUCAGCCAGAAAAUACAAAAAAGCGAACAUUUAAUGGAGCUGAUGGAAAGAGUUAUCAAGUACCUAUGCUGGCUCAGUUGUCGGUGUUCCGAUGUGGCACAACAAGUACUCCUAAUGACUUGUGGUAUAAUAUUAUUGAGUUGCCAUACCAUGGUGAAAGUGUCAGUAUGUUGAUUGCUCUGCCCACGGAAAGCACAACUCCUUUGUCUGCUAUUAUUCCUCACAUUAGCACAAAAACUAUACAGAGCUGGAUGACAACUAUGGUGCAGAAGAGAGUCCAGGUUAUUUUACCCAAGUUUACAGCAGAAUCAGAAACAGAUUUAAAGGAACCUCUACGAGAGCUUGGCAUUCGAGAUAUGUUUGAGCACUCAAAGGCAAACUUUGCAAAAAUAACAAGAACAGGAAACAUUCAUGUAUCUCAGAUCUUACAAAAAGCAAAAAUUGAAGUGAGUGAAGAUGGUACCAAAGCAUCUGCAGCAACAACUGCAAUUUUAAUAGCCAGGUCAUCACCACCUUGGUUUGUAGUAGACAGGCCAUUUCUGUUCUUCAUACGACACAAUCCUACAGGUGCAGUUUUGUUUAUGGGACAAGUCAACAAACCUUGAAUGUGGGAGAUCUUCCUUCUGAAGCAAAUUUAAAAACUGAUGCCAUUCUUCUGUUAAAUAUUUUUGUACACUAUUCAUUGGCUAUGAACAAGCUUUUGAGUGUGGUUGGUCAACUAGGUUUUGAAAAGGAGUCUUAAGUAGCUGGGGAGUGUUGUGGAAAAAUAGAAUGCCUUUUCAAAACAAUUUAAAUAUUUUUAAAACUACUGAUUAGUUACUUGUGCUAAUAACUUUUGAAUUUUUUUUGGUCUAAGUAUUUUGUAUUGUGAUUUGAAGUCUUUUAACCAGAGUUGGUACUAAAGGGACAACUUCAAUUUUUGUUUGGUUUGGUUUGUACAUACAUGCCCUUCUACUACUGUUGUCCAUUGAGUGCUUUGAUGAAGCAUUGCCACUAGAAAUUUAAAGCUUUAGCAUUUAUUUUAUAUUGUGCAUGUAUUGCUCAAACUUAAACAACUAAUGUCCCAGUUAACGCCUUUGCAUUGGUGUAAUGUAAACUUGUCAUUGCUAGUAUACACUUUGUAUGGAUUUAAAUUUUAUAUUUUUUUGUACAAAGAAAAAAAAUAAAAGCAUUAUGAACAGUUGAAA